GAAAAACAAGAAACAGCCAUGGUGCGGGGGCAGAUGCGGCAAUUCUGAGCUCGGCACGCACGUGUCUUUAAAACGCCCUCGCUUCCUCCUCCGUCCGUUCUGCUCUUGCCCCCGCCACCGGCACGGGCCGGGGCCACGCUCGCCGCUCAACGCCGCCGCUGCAAGAGGCCGCGGGUGAUUAGCCUUGAGAUUAGCGGGUACCGCUUCACUGUUACGGGAGUACCGUUUUAAUUGACGCCCGCCUGUCUCGAAUAUCGGCUGCUGCCAAAAGCGCGGGUUCGGGGUUCCUCCCCGUCGGGCUCGGGCGGCCUCGGCUCGCCUCGUGGCGCCGCUGGGCGCUAGCGGAGUGGAAGUGGAUCGACCUGUUGCGGCCGAAGAGUGGGGAGGCAACAAAAGGGAAAGCUGCGCGGAGAGCUCGGGUACCGUGGCCGGAUUAGUUAAUGCCCGCGAGCAGCUAGUCGUAGGCGUAAUUAUUUUAAGGCAGUUGUCGCCUCUGGGGACUCGUGAAAGCUUCACCUCUUUUGAGAAGCUCCGCACCACGACCUCGUCCCGCCCGCAGCCCGCUCUUCCCCGCUCCACCUCCAGGCUUCCAGUCUCUCACUCUCCCGCGCCUCUUGCUGCUGCUGCUGGCGAUAGGGAUCCCAGCGCCUUCAAGUUCGGGUGGGCGGCUAGCGCGGCGCGUGUCGGCGAGCAUAUGGUGGGCAUUGGGCGGGGGAAGGAGGAGGAGGAGCGGCAAUAGAUUUGUGGGCGCAGAGGCGGGGAUGGGGGGCAACAAGUACUGCGCGGCGAUGACGAAGAGGAGAUGGAGGGGGCUGGCAGCGGCCGCGUGGGUGCUAGUCGCGGUGGCUUGCUCCGCGGUGAUGCACUGGACCAUGCGCCGGGAGAGCAUGGACCGCGCCGAGGAGCGCCUCGUCAGCAUGUGCGAGGAGAGGGCCAGGAUGCUGCAGGAGCAGUUCGGGGUCACCGUCAACCACGUCCACGCGAUCGCCAUUCUCAUCGCCACCUUCAACUACGAUAAGUCCCCUUCCGCUAUCGACCAGGACACUUUUGCAAAAUACACGGCAAGGACAUCAUUUGAGCGACCGCUACUCAAUGGGGUGGCAUAUGCACAGCGUGUAUUCCAUCAUGAGAGGGAAAUGUUUGAAAGCCAGCAGGGAUGGAUUAUGAAUACAAUGCAGCGGGAGCCUGCACCCCCGCAGGUUGAAUAUGCUCCAGUGAUUUUCUCUCAGGAUACUGUUUCCUACCUCGCACGCAUUGACAUGAUGUCUGGAGAGGAGGACCGAGAAAACAUUUUGCGGGCCAGGACUACUGGCAAAGCUGUGUUAACAAACCCAUUUCGGUUGCUUGGAUCAAACCACUUGGGAGUAGUUCUCACUUUUGCUGUGUACCGCCCUGAUCUCCCCGCUGAUGCAUCAGUUGAGCAACGUGUGGAAGCAACUAUUGGAUAUCUUGGUGGAGCGUUUGAUGUGGAGUCACUUGUGGAGAAUUUGCUGAGCAAACUUGCUGGCAAUCAGGAUAUUGUGGUGAAUGUCUAUGAUGUCACAAAUGCUUCAGAGGCUAUGGUUUUGUAUGGACCUUCUAGUUCGGAUGAGCGCGUGCCUUUCUUGCAUGUUAGCAUGUUGGAUUUUGGAGAUCCGUUUAGGAGGCAUGAAAUGAGGUAUAGACAAAAGCUUCCUAUGCAGUGGUCUGCCAUAACCAAUCCUUUGGGCACAUUUGUCAUAUGGAUGCUUCUGGGGUAUAGCAUUGCCGCUGCAUAUUCUCGAUAUGACAAAGUUACAGAAGAUUGUAGAAAGAUGGAAGAGCUAAAAACGCAGGCAGAAGCUGCUGAUGUUGCAAAGUCUCAGUUCCUGGCAACUGUGUCACAUGAGAUCAGAACACCUAUGAAUGGCGUCCUUGGAAUGCUGGAUAUGCUUUUAGGAACAGAUCUAACUAUGACACAGAAGGAUUAUGCUCAAACUGCUCAAAUGUGUGGCAGAGCAUUGAUAACGUUGAUAAAUGAUGUCCUUGAUCGAGCAAAGAUUGAAGCUGGAAAGUUAGAGCUUGAAGCGGUGCCUUUUGACCUGCGUUCUCUCAUGGAUGAUGUUAUUUCCUUAUUUUCUUCAAAGUCACGGGAGAAGUGCAUUGAGCUUGCAGUAUUUGUAUGUGACAAUGUUCCGAAGGAUGUUCUUGGAGAUCCUUGGAGGUUUCGGCAGAUACUAACAAAUUUGGUCGGCAAUGCAGUCAAAUUCACAGAACGGGGUCAUGUAUUUGUGCGGGUCUGUUUGGCUGAUAACUCAAAUAUGGAAGCCGGUCAGGUCCUAAAUGGAGCCAUGAAUGGGAAAGAUGGUAGAGUUGAUUCAACAACUAAUGGUGCCUUCAAUACUCUGAGUGGGUUUGAAGCAGCAGACAGACGAAAUAGUUGGCAAUAUUUUAAGAUGCUCCUCUCUGAUAAGGAGUCCCUUUUGGAUGAUCUUGAGGGAACAAAUUCUGAUCAAAGUGAUUCAGACCAUGUCACACUAGCGAUAAGUAUUGAGGACACAGGUGUUGGGAUACCAUUGCAAGCACAAGAUCGUGUUUUUACACCGUUUAUGCAGGCUGAUAGUUCAACUUCAAGGAAUUAUGGUGGUACUGGCAUCGGUUUAAGCAUUAGCAAGUGCCUAGCUGAACUUAUGGGUGGGCAGAUAAGUUUUGUCAGCCGUCCUUUUGUUGGAAGUACAUUCACUUUCUCCACCACACUGAAGCGCUCAUACAAAGAUAUUUCAGUUGAUUCAAGUAGGAGCUUGUUAGAGGCACUACCAACUGCUUUUAAGGGAAUGAAGGCCAUCUUGAUAGAUGGGAGACCUGUACGUAGUGCUGUUACAAGAUAUCACCUCAAGAGGUUGGGAAUAAUUGUUCAAGUUGUGAACAAUAUGAGUGCAGUAGUAAAAGCUUUCCCUGGACAAAAUGGAGCAACUGUUUCUAGGGAAAAGGCAACCAUUCUUUUUAUUGAGAGUGACUUUUGGAGGCCCGAGACAGAUGUUCAGUUAUUGAACCAUCUACGCGAGCACAAGAAUCGUCAGUUGUCUGAUGGGCAUAAGGUAGUUCUUUUGGUCACCUCCGAAGCUGAUAAGGACAAGUAUGGAUCCAUAUUUGAUAUUGUGAUGUGCAAGCCUAUAAGGGCAAGCAUGAUUGCUUCAUCUAUUCAACAACUGCUCAAAGUAGAGAUGCCUGAAAGAAGAAAUAAUCAUAAUCGGCCAUCAUUUCUUCGCAGCCUGCUGGUUGGGAAGAAUAUAUUGGUAGUAGAUGAUAAUAAAGUCAAUCUUAGAGUCGCUGCAGCUGCACUCAAAAAGUACGGUGCUAAUGUUAGCUGUGUUGAGAGUGGCAAAGAUGCUAUCAGUCUACUUCAACCCCCACAUUGCUUUGACGCAUGUUUUAUGGAUGUUCAGAUGCCAGAGAUGGAUGGGUUUGAGGCAACAAGACAAAUAAGGCAAACAGAGAUGAGAGUUAACGAGGAAAGGAAGAAUAAGUUGGUGUUGAUUGAAGGCUCAACAUUUGUUGAGUACCAUUUGCCUGUUUUGGCGAUGACAGCCGAUGUUAUCCAGGCAACUUACGAGAAGUGUAUAAAAUCGGGAAUGGAUGGAUACGUGUCUAAACCCUUCGACGAGGAGCAGCUAUACCAAGCAGUCUCCAGAUUAAUAGUGGGAACGACAGAUUCGACUGUUUAAUAUUUAGAUGGCUAUGAAUCUGAUUUCUCAUUCAUCGAAUUGAAGCACACCACCAUGUUGCUUCUGUCCAAGUUUGACUCUAACCCUUAACAAUUGUCUGACCUGGCCUCUCGCAGCACUAGAUGAAAAGGAUGAAAGUGCCACGAGUUGGCUAUGUAUCAGCACCACAGAUGAAGUUGCCUCACCCCGGAGUGUAGGUUGGUAGAUCACUCUCUUCUUUGAUGUUUAUAGGUUGUUGUAUAUCUUCUGACAAUUCAUUGGAAACCACAUCUCGUUGCGACAUUGGAGGACAUCUUCAAUGCUGGUAAAUUUGUUAUAGGAAUAUCCUUUAAUGCUGGUAUUUGGUA